ACUCCAGAGUCCCGCACAGUCGAGGAGCCGUGCGCGCAGCUGCACUGACACACUACUGCAACGCGGGCUCUGCGUGGCACAACAAGGAACAACUUUCUCCCUUGUGAUUUUUUUCGAGAGGAUCUGUUCGUUUGGAUUAUAUUCUCGCAGGACUGUCCCAGAGACACGAACACAGCCGUGCGUCUUGAUCCCCCCACAAGAAGUAGUGCUGGGUGCCUUGUUUGAUCUCCACGUGAACUGGGCUGAGGUUUCGAGCAUUUUUUUUGUCUGUCAAAGGACAAGUGCAAUGCGUGUCAGACUCGUCUCUUGGGAUUGUCCCGCUUGUGCCUGAGGAGCUAUGUGGAGCCGCGGCGCAGAGCUCGUUCCACAGGACGCGCGGCCAAUGUGAAUAACAAGCGUCAACUUCCAGCCUCCUCAGCCUUUUUCACACCCGCGAGCCAAGUGCUGCCCGGAGUCUGCCCGAGCCCGCCGAGCUGCUCUGACACCCCGGCUUCUCUCCCAUGAGGGGAUGGUUGUGGAUCCUCUGGGGCCAGGAGCGACUCUGCGGCUCCUUCAGACCAGCGCGUUUUUCCUGUUUGGGGUUCAUUCUGAAUUAAAGGGAGAUGAGAGCCGCACUUUGCCACCUCCUGCUGUGGACGGCGUACCUGCUGCUGGCCACCGCUGAGAGGGAAGUGCAGUUUCCCCAGGAGCUGAUAGACAGACUGUCCCACAGUGAAAUCCACAGCAUCAGCGACCUCCAGCGGCUACUGGACAUGACUCCUAUAGGUACGGGAAACGAUGUUAUCGAGGAGCCCAAGCAACACAAACACCACAACCACCACAAGAACUUCUCCCGGCACCACGGUCACUACAAUGACCUGAAGAGCUCCCAGCUCCACAGCCGACGCAAGAGGAGUAUUGUAGAGGAAGCGGUCCCAGCGGUGUGUAAGACGCGGACGGUGAUCUACGAGAUCCCCAGGAGCCAGGUGGAUCCCACGUCUGCCAACUUCCUGAUUUGGCCGCCCUGUGUGGAGGUGAAACGCUGCACGGGCUGCUGCAACACCAGCAACAUGCGCUGUCACCCUUCCCGCAAGCACCACCGCACGGUCAAGGUGGCCAAGGUGGAGUAUGUGAGGAGGAAACCCAAGCUGAAAGAGGUCUUUGUGCGGUUAGAAGACCACCUGGAGUGUGUGUGCACGUCACAGCAUCACGUGGUGGAGCACUCAGAAGCAGAAAUAGGCCACCGUAGGUCUAAAGGUAGAAAAAGGAAACCUAAAAAGCUAAGGCCCAGCAAGGAUUUAUUGGCGACAUAAUAAAGUUGCGCUCAUUACCCAAAGUCCACUGGAGAGCUGUGAAGGGAACAGUGGACGUGAGGUGAGACCAAUCAGAACAAGGGACUUCAGUGCGGGAGGAACCUAAAAAGAGGACGUCAACAAACAUGAGACCUGCUUGGUCCUCUUCCCCACUGCCGUGCCACCGUCGAAAAAAGACAAACAUUUCUGUAAAAAUGAGCGACAGAAACAUAGACAACAGACAAAAAUACAUAAGAUGCCAAAGGUGCUUUUUUUAUAUUAAAAAAAAACAGUGAUUAUGGAUGAUGUCUUCCUCUGUGGUGCGCUACCUAUACCCAGAAAACUGAACCCUGCCAAUGAUUAGGAAGAAAUAUGCUGUGGAGCUCGGGCAGAAAGAGGCCGAAGGGAGAUGAUGAAAGGGAUUUGUGUUGACCAUUUUGACCGACGUUGUUUGAAGAAGAUGUGAACAACAGAAAUGGCCAUAAAACAGUUGUUUUGGGCUUUCGUGGGAAUCUGGUGCUCGGACUCUGAAACAGCAGUGGAUGUCCUCCAGCUGGGCGACAUAAAAGUGCCCUGCCCUGUUUAAAUGACUCUUGCAUACACAGGAAGGAAGAAAGAGAGAUAAAGGAAAACAAUGGCGAGCACUGGAGUUAUGGAGGUGUUUUUUUUCUCCAGAAGACUCUCAAAUGGAGCAUUGAACAAUUUGAGUUUUGGGAUGUUUGCUCUGAGUGGAGAGAAAAUCUUCUCUGAGAAUCCUGGUGGUCUGUGACUUUUCCCACCUGUUGUGCGCAUCAAAAUCUGAAAAGGACGCAUCACUAUUCACAAACUAUUUAUAUAUGUGGACGUUUGACUUUUUUUUUUAUUGUCUCAGUGCAAAAGGAAGACAGAAAGAACAAAAAAGACAUUUCCAUGAUUUUGGAGACAUGCAAGAGUCCUGUGUGGUGCAGUUCUUUGUAACCAUCAGUAUCAGAAUCUCAAUGUCAUUUGUUGUUAUCCUUGUCAUCCAUGUUUCUUAUUAUAUUACAGUAUAUCUGAAUGAUGUCAAGUGUUGUAAAUGGAUUGGAUAUAUGUGUGCAAGGAGGAGACGUGAGAGUCAGUACAGGAAGAUGCUUUAUUUUUGUUAUGAAAUAUAUUAUGCUUACUUAUAUCCAAGCAGGAAUUAUGUUUAAUUCUUUUGUUGUGGUUGAAUGUCUGUAUUUAAUCCUUUGGAAAAGAUGCAAAAACGUGGGCAGGGGGUGGAAUAGACAAGGGAAAAAAUGCCAGUGCUUGUUACUGUGUGUGCAUCAGUGUGUCAGAGCUAUGAAAAGGGGGGACUGACCGGCUCAAACAUGGCAACCUUAGUGAGUGGCCAUACUGUAGCUUAUUCUAUGAUAAGCAUGUAACAAGUGUGUGCUCACCAACCACAUUUUUUAGAGAAAAUCCAAUGUGCAAGUAUGUAUGUACUGAAAGAAGGUGUGUGUGUGUAUGUAUGUGUGUUAGUGUUUGUGUUAGUGAGCCCGCACAAUAUUUCUCUGCUACUCAAUUUUACAUUCAUAUCACUUUAAUGUCGAUAAGGAAGAUGCACGCCCGUUCUGCUUCACAAACACCCAUGUCGUGCCUGGAAAGAGCAAAGUCCACCCGAAAGAGUGAAUGAGCGAGCAAAGCAUAUCGACAAGCGCAUGAAUGGGCUCCUUGUUUAGCCAGUCUUCACUCCUCUGUUGACAGGGGAACAAAUCUCUGAUGGCUCCACCCUCUGAAGGGACUCACACCUUGUGCAGCCACAUGCCAUCGGGACAGAUGAUGAUGGGUGCCCAGCGGUGGCCUGGAAACAGCACAGUGCUGGCCUGAACCUUUGACCCCGAUGGGAUAAACAAUUACUGCCUUACCAGUUUCUGAAACAGUGAUGAAUGUGUAACCAAGCCAACCAGGUGCAACCCCCCCCCCCCCCUUUUAAAAAGAAGAAGUGAAUUUCUCUCGUAAUCGAAGGCGAGUCGCGUGAAAGUCGAGAGAGAAAAACUGACUGAAACAUGGAUGUGUCAGCGACUGCUGAGCUGUGAAUUCACCAACCAUCAUCCGUGUGGUGCUCUAUUUAUAAGGCUGAUGUUUCCUCACUGUUCACAUCUACACCAGUGUUUUUGUUCUCAGUUAAACAGGGACCAUGCUUGGAGAGACUUGACUCAAGCAAAAAAUGCCAUCACACUAUCACUUGGCCUUUACUACUUUUCUUUUGGGCUUCCAUUGGAUAAAUACAGCAGUAAUCAUAAUUUAUAUAUAUUUAUGUUUUCAACAAUAAAUAUAUUUCUGCUUAUGAAA